CAGAUAAUUACUUAACUCCAAACGAUUUGUUAUAUUUUGUUGUUUUCACGAAAACUUUACUCGUUUAUGGCGAAUGGUGAACACUCGUCACUCGUCACUACUAUUGUAAAUACUAAAACAUGAACUAAAUUAUGAAGUGCGCUGCAAUUUUAAAAAAGUUUAUAACUUAUAUUUAUAUUCUACUACAUUAAUUAUUAAACGUUUUAAAUACCGGAACACGAAUAAUACAAGUAUCACCCGAACGAGUCAAGUACUAAUGACAUCACCGAAAAAAGAAACGGAGUGUAUUCGACGCAUAAAAGUUACUACUACCAUGAGCAAAGGAUCUAUGUCCAAAGCGAUGAUGCACCUUUUGCAUUAUCAAUCAUUAAAAGUUUCAAAUACAAAUAAUUCAAAUAACAUCCAAAAGUUAGGUCAAAAAGAAAUUAUGUCGCCAAAAAAAGAAAUAGGCCACAUGGCUACCCCCACGAGCAAUGAACGCAUAGACACAGUGAUUCGAUUGCCUUGUGAAUCAUUAAACAUUUCAAAUACAAGUGACAUGCGAACGGCGAGCCAAGUAGAAAUCAUGACGUUGCCAGUGAAAAGGACGGAUUGUGGGACAGCUACUAUUGGCAAAAAAUGUACUACAGAUGAUAUUGUUGUCUGCAGCAAGUAUUUUGGAACUACCAUUGCAUCUGUGGAUAAUAAAUGUGAAACUAUGGCUUACAGCAUAAGAGGCAAUCUUGGUCCGUAUGUUUGCCGGAUUUGUGAUAAAUAUUUCAAACAUGUAAGUAGCUUGAACGAGCACGAGAAAAGACACAAAUCAACUGGAAAUAAAGCACAAGCAUAUGUGGAUCGGCCUCAUGUGUGUGACAUUUGCGAGCUGGCAUUUAAGAAGAUAUACACUCUAACUGUGCAUUAUAGGAUGCACACUGGACAUAAGCCGUUUGCAUGCAAUGUUUGUGGCGAUACGUUCACAUGUUCGGCCAACCGGUCGGUACACAUGAGAACACACACAGGAUAUCGGCCAUAUAUUUGCAAUUUUUGUGGAUAUGCGUUCAACCAAUCACACGUGCUGACCGAACACAUGAGGCUACACACUGGUGAAAGGCCCUAUGAGUGUGGUUUGUGCAAGUUGGCGUUUGUGUCCAGCGGUUUACUUAGAAAACAUACCAUACGAAAACACAACAAACACGCAUAGCUUUCAUAAAAUAUAUAGGUUCACACUGCACAUUAUAUUGAUACAACAGUUACAAAUAAAGAACAGUAAACAUAAAA